UUUACAAUGAAUGUAUUGUACAUGUACGGAAUUUCCGAGGGGCCAUGAAGGCAGCAUUUUCCCCGCAUCAACCUGCCCAGCCGGUUCCAGCUAAUUAGCCGUUAGUCUGUCGCACAGGUGUGUGUGUCGACUCGUCCUUUUGUGUCAACUGCCGCCGAAAACUCCAGAUGAGAGACUAAAUUCUCCGGUGACUGGAAUGUUUCCUCGGGAAAAAAGAAGAAGAGCAGAGCUAACGGGUCGCAACGGUUAACAUGUCAACGUUAUAGCACGACAGGUGCACCGCGUUUCCGACAUUCGAUACGUUAGCCUCCUCGUUUGUGACACUAGCUAAGUGUUACUAACUGUACUCGAUAAGCUGUUACAGCCCAGGAAAAUCAGUUGUUUCCGACUUGCACGAGGACAUACGUUUGUUCAGCAACCUGACAUCUACAGAGGGGGGAGUUCUACAUCAGGACACCUGCAUCAUCAGCAUCUUUUAAUCUACCACCAGCUCCACUCACCUGUCGGACCUCCCCGGUGUGAAUACUGCCAUGGCCUCGGCUCAGUCGGAGCAGUCCAGCGUCCUCCAAGAGGAGCUCACCUGCCCGGUGUGCCUGGACUUGUACCGCGACCCCCACUUGCUCCCUUGCGGCCACAACUUCUGCAAGACCUGCCUGGACCGCCUAAAGCGGCAAGCGGAUCGAGGUCGCUUCCGCUGCCCAGAGUGCCGCGACAGCCACCGGUGUGGCACCAACUUUCAGAAAAACUUCAAACUCGCCAAUAUUGCGGACGACUACCGCCACCGCCGCAGAGCCACCACUGCAGCUUUAAAAUCCAGAGAGCUGUUGCCGUCUUCUCUGUCGGCGCAGCAAGCCAGAAGUCUGUUUGCUGUUCCAUGUGACUACUGCCCGUCAGUCGCCGCCGAGGCCUCGGGCAUCAGUGCCGUAGGGGAGGGCUCUUCUUCUUCUUCUUCUUCUUCUGCUGCUACUGUUUCUCAGGAAGACGAUGACAAGCAGCAGCAAGCUGCUGCUGCUGGGUCGAUGUUUGCGGUCAAGACGUGUCUGAAGUGUGAGGUGUCGAUGUGCCAGGAGCACGUGAAGCCACAUCUGGAGCUGCCGGCGUUCCGCGAGCAUCCGCUAACGGAGCCGAUGAACGACCUGUGGAAGAGGAAGUGCCCGGAUCACGAUGAGAUAUACAGAUAUUACUGCAUGGACGACAAGAUAUGCGUGUGCAACGCUUGCACCAUAGAAGGAGGACACUCGGGACACACACUCAAGACCCUGAAAAACACCAUGAAAGAUCUAAAGGGCUCGCUGGAUAAGCAGCUGUACCGGGUGGAAACCAAGUACACCAUGGCCGAGAAGAAGCUUCAGGAGCAGAAGGAGAAGGAGAGGCAGGAUAAGAAGUUCAUGGACGACUCUGAGCAGUGCUUGACCCGGCUGGGGGAGGAGAUGAAGGCCAAAGUACUCCGCUUUGUCAGCAGAUUGCGAGCAUGCGCCCGCAGUCAUUGUGACGUGAACGGGCCGACGAUUCAGAAGAACAUCUCCAGGAUCUGCCAGGACCAGGCCCGUCUGCAGGAGGUCCGCUGUGGCAUCGAAAGCCUCAUGCAGGAGAGCGACCCUUUCCGCUUCAUUGAGGCAUACAAGACAACAGGAAAACAGUGCCGUAAGCAGCUGAGAAAAAUCAUGUUCUACCCAGAAUACGUGGACACGGAGACGGAGGUUCUUGGUGUGAUGAUGGAAGAAGAGAUGAGGAAGUUCCUUGAUGAGGAACUACCGUGUCACAUUGUGGCUGCCAUUAAUUCCGUCUGUCCAUUAUCAUCAGGUCAUCUUUCAGAUCUCCAGGAGGAGGAGGAGCAGGGGGAGAACGAAGAAGAGACUGUGGAAGAGGAGGAGGAAGAGGAGGAUGAUGAUGAUGAUGAUGAUGACCUGGAUGACAGCAGCGUGGAGGAAAUGAGGAGCGAGGGGGACGAGGAGGAAGACGACGACGAUGACGACGAAGAGGAGGAAGGACGUGACCAGAGUGAGCUGGCUGGUGAUCUUUACAGCCCGGAGGAGGAGGAGGAGGAGGAGGAGGAGGAAGAAGACGACGACGAGGAGGAGGAUGGAGAAGAGGAGGAUGAGGAAGAGCAAGGAAUUUAACUUGGGACAGGAUUUCUGUACUUGUAUUUUUACAGUUAUUAAAGCACUUUGGACAGAUGUUAAGGUUGUAACAUCUGUUUUGGUGUUGCACUCAUCGAUUCGAAUGUCCCAUGUACAGUUCAGGACUCAAGCAGCUACCACGUUUUGCCUCAAACCCCUUCGACAGUAUUGUGAGACGACACACUGGAUGAUGACGGAGCUUCGAUGCAGCUGGAUUUAAAACUGACUGUGCACUGAGAAUGUGCCGAUGUGAUUGCUCAACCUGUGAACUCAACUACGGUGCUUUAUAGUAGAAGACGUUUGCUGUAUUCGUCAACACACGGAUGUGAAUGUAUAAUGAAAGAAUGUGGCUGGAGGACUCGGAACACCUCAAACAAAAUUUGGCGAAACCCUCUGCAUGUCUUUGAUGCCAGAUUUUCUACCACGUUCACCUGCAUUUUUAUAUAUAACGGGUGCUCGGCAGAGAGAGAUUCUGAAGUAACUUUCCAAGCAUACGGAGGAAGAUG